GAGAGCUGCUGUGACAGACGCCCGUGCCCAGCGACCAGGUGGGGCCAUGCAGCACCGUGGGGCUGGGGGCCAUGGGGGGGCUGCCAUGGCUGGAUGUGGCUCUAGCACUGGCCCUGUCCUUCAGGUGCCCUGGAGAGGCCCAUGGGGCUAAAGCCACAAACCCCACCAGAGCAGGCAAAACAAGACACCCCCCAACAACUUGGGGCAGGAGGGAAAACAGGCAUGUCAGGGGGGUUACAGGAGGGGAAACUGAGGCAGGAGCCAGCUGUUGGCGAUGCGGUUGUUCCAGGUGCCUGGAGCUGCCUCCCUGCAAGCAGGGGGUGCUCCUGGGUCCUGGCUGACACCUCAUCCCACCCCACCACCAACUCCCCAGGCUCGGCACUGUCAUGGUCCUCUGGUCGUGGCUGUGGCUGUGGCUGUGGCUGGUGCCGGGGGUGUCAGCGGGGCACCCACCUGAGGACGCGGAGCAGGAGCAGGGCUACUACCUGCAGCAGCUGUUUGGGCUCUACGGGCACAACGGGACGCUGGCCCCCGAGGGGCUGUGGCGCCUGCUGCGCAGCCUGGGGCUGGGCCGGGUGCAGGUGGUGCAGAUCGACCACGAGGACCUGGGCCAUGGCCACGUUGCCCAUCUUGAUGCGCUCGACCUGCAGGACGGGCACCACGUCCAUGCUCGUGCCCACCACCAUGGCCAUGGCCACAGCCACGACUACCCCGGCUCCCAAGGCCCUGGCAACGCCACCACCAGUGGGGACAUCCCUCCUGCUCUUCCUUCCUCCAGCCCCACACCCGAGGCUCCCCUGGCGAUGCCCACAUCGCUCACUGAGACGCGGAGCCCCAGUCCCAGGGGGGACCCAGGGCCUGGGAAGGAUCCCCCGGGGCUGAGCCUGCUGGAGCGGGUGCUGGCGCUGGACCACUCCGUCUACAACCACCUGCACGAGGAUUGCCUGAACGUGUCGCAGCUGCUGGUGAACUUUGGCCUGGCCGGGACGGCGCAGAUCACCCCCGAGCAGUUUGCGCUGCUGUGCCCAGCGCUGCUCUACCAGAUUGACACCCGUGUCUGCCUGCACCACCGCCCUGCCCCAGCGCCGCCCGUGUCCCAGCCUGCCCUCGGCCCAGCUCUGGGCUGGGCCGCCCUGGCGGUGACGCUGCUGAGCCUGCCCUCGGCGCUGGCACUGGCGCUGGUACGGGUGCUGGGCCGCGCCCUCCUGCACCAGGUCCUGGCCUUCCUGGUGGCGCUGGCCGCAGGCACCCUGUGUGGGGACGCCCUGCUGCACCUCUGGCCGCACGCGCAGGGCCGGGAGCCGGGGGCCACGGGGCCGGACGCAGCUGUGCUGAAGGGCCUGGCACUGUUGGGUGCCAUCUACGCACUCUUCCUGCUGGAGAAUGUCCUGGGGCUGCUGCGGCGGGCACGGGCCCCGCGGAGGGCGGCCGCAGAUGCUGAGGACAGCGGCACCGGCCUGAGCAUCCUGGGCCCUGCACCAGGUCCCCCCACCGAGGCCCAGCACCUGGCGGCCCCAGAGCGGGGUGAUGGGGAGGACAGAGCCGAGCACAGGGCGGGGAGCCUGGACAGCCACACCGGGCAUGGGCACUCGCAUGGCACCAGCGUGGCCGACGUGGCCUGGAUGGUGAUACUGGGGGACGGGAUCCACAACCUGACUGACGGGUUGGCCAUUGGCGCAGCCUUUGCAGAGGGGCCGUCGGGGGGGCUGAGCACGUCCUUAGCUGUCUUCUGCCACGAGCUGCCGCACGAGCUGGGCGACAUGGCGCUGCUGCUGGGUGCUGGCCUGCGUCCCCGUGCUGUGUUCCUGGCCAACCUGCUCUCAGCCCUGCUGGCCUAUGUGGGCACGGCCAUUGGCGUCCUCGCCAGCCACACUGCCUGGCCCCUGGGGCCCUGGAUCUUUGCUGCCACGGCCGGCGUCUUCCUCUAUGUGGCCCUCGUGGACAUGCUGCCCCAGAUGCUGCUGCGCAGCACAGGCGCGGGCAGGUGGCAGGCGGAUGCCGGACGCUGCUUUGUGCUCCAAGCCCUUGGCUUCCUCCUGGGCGGGGGGCUUAUGCUCACCAUUGCGCUCUUCGAGGAGCAGCUCAGCUUUCCCCUGGAGUCCUGAUGCCCCCAGCCCCCUGGCCCCAGGACAGGCCAGAUGCAGCCCCCGCGGCCUGGACAGCACCGCAUGGCUCCGGACCCCUGGGCUCUCUCCAGCAGUGCUGGGGGUGGGGGGGCUUGGUCUGAUGGGUGCCUGAGAGGGUCCCCAGACCCAGCAGGGGAGCCGUGGACAUGGGGCCAGGGGUCCCAGCUGCAGAGGAGAUGGAUGGGUACCCCCCGCGGAAAAGAUCCUGGCCCAGGACGGACACGCAGGGUGGGUGGGGGGCCCAGACCCCUCGGGGGGGCAGGGAAAAGUGGAAGCCAUUGAAUAAAGGUCAUUAAUGCCAAGCCAU